AUGGCCAACAUCCCCCCUCCUCUGUCUCUGCCACAGCGAGUUGGCCGACCGGCUAUAUCAACUUUCAACCUCCCCUCUUCCGACUCCUCAGAUGCCGAAGAUGAUGUUCCCUUGCCAUUCCCUGCCGCCCUUCCACGAACCGACUUCCUAGCAACAGAGUUUCAGCCUGCCGAAUAUCUAUCAGCUCUUCCACAUCGCCACCAGACCCUAGAGGAUCUGCGCUCAGACCUGCGCGAGAGAACGGCAACAAUUAGCACCGAGCUCCUAGAGCUAGUCAAUUCGAACUACACAGCAUUUUUAUCGCUGGGAUCAGAAUUGCGAGGAGGCGACGAGAAAGUAGAGGAUGUAAAAGUUUCGCUUUUAGGUUUUCGAAGGGCCGUUGAAGAGGUCAAGGAAAAGGUUUCGGAGCGCAGAAGAGACGCAGAGUCGCUAACCAACGAAUUGCGAGAUGUACGAUCAGAUAUCGAGCAAGCACGGGCAAUGUUGGAGAUAUCUGAACGACUAUCUUCUUUAGAGGAGACAUUAGCAUUAGACAGCCUACCGAAGAAGGAAGCUGCAGAGUGGGACGACGAUAGUGAAGAUGACGAAGAGCUUGAAGCAGAGGCUGUAGAAGGCCUGAUAGGAAGCCCUCCCUCACAACUGCUGGCGUCGGCACGUGAGUGUAGCCAAGUUGGGAUCCUGAUUGGAAAGCUGGAUGAGAAGAAUGUGUUUGUCGCCAAGCUAAGAGCGCGACUGAUGAAGUGCCGGAACACACUUUUGCUGGACUUGAAUAAUGCCCUCAAAGAAGCUCGAGCUGCUGGGAUAAAAGGUCAGGGCCGAGUUUUGGGCUAUCUUGGUGUGUACAGGGUUCUUGAUGCGCAGGGCGAUGCGGUCAAGACUCUUCGCGGAAGAUGA